AUGGGCGCAGUGGGCGCUGUGGGAGCGGUGGGAGCGGUGGGCGCUUUGGGCGCGGUGGGCGCUGUGGGAGCGGUGGGCGCUGUGGGUGCUGUGGGCACUGCGGGCGCUGUGAGCGCGGUGGGUGCUGUGGGCGCUGUGGGAGCGGUGGGCGCUGUGGGCGCUGUGGGAACUGUGGGAGCGGUGGGCGCUUUGGGCUCGGUGGGCGCUGUGGGAGCGGUGGGCGCUGUGGGAGCGGUGGGCGCUGUGGGUACUGUGGGCACUGCGGGCGCUGAGAGCGCGGUGGGCGAUGUGGGCACUGCGAGCGCGGUACGCGCGGUAAGCGCUGUGGGCACUGCGAACGCGGUACGCGCGGUAAGCGCUGUGGGCGCGGUGGGCACUGUGGGCACGGUAAGCGCAGUGGGCGCGGUGGGCACUGCGGGCGCUGUGAGCGCGGUGGGCACGGUAAGCGCUGAUGCCGCGGCGGGCACAGUGGGCGCUGUGGGCACGGUACGCGCUAUCGGCGCUGUGGGCAAGGUACGCGCUAUCGGCGCGGUGGGCACGGUAAGCGCUUUGGGCGCGGUGGUCGCUGUGGGCACGGUACGCGCUGUGUGCGCUUUAGGCGCGGUGGUCGCUGUGGGAGCGGUGGGCGCUGUGGGAGCUGUGGGAGCGGUGGGCGCUGUGGGAGCGGUGGGAGCUGUGGGAGCGGUGGUCGCUUUGGGCGCGGUGGUCGCUGUGGGCACGGUACGCGCUGUGUGCGCUUUAGGCGCGGUGGUCGCUGUGGGAGCGGUGGGCGCUGUGGGAGCUGUGGGAGCGGUGGGCGCUGUGGGAGCGGUGGGAGCUGUGGGAGCUGUGUGCGCUGUGGGAGCUGUGGGAGCGGUGGGCGCUGUGGGAGCGGUUGGCGCUGUGGGAGCUGUGGGUGCGGUGGGCGCUGUGGGAGCGGUUGGCGCCGUGGGAGCUGUGGGCGCUGUAGGCGCUGUGGGAGCUGUGGGAGCGGUGGGAGCUGUGGGAGCGGUGGGCGCUGUGGGAGCUGUGGGAGCGGUGGGCGCUGUGGGAGCGGUGGGAGCUGUGGGAGCUGUGGGAGCUGUGGGAGCGGUGGGCGCUGUGGGAGCGGUGGGAGCUGUGGGCGCUGUGGGAGCUGUGGGAGCGGUGGGCGCUGUGGGAGCAGUGGGAGCGGUUGGCGCCGUGGGAGCUGUGGGAGCGGUGGGCGCUGUAGGCGCUGUGGGAGCGGUGGGAGCUGUGGGAGCGGUUGGCGCUGUGGGAGCGGUGGGCGCUGUGGGAGCGGUGGGCGCUGUGGGAGCGGUGGGAGCUGUGGGCGCUGUGGGAGCUGUGGGAGCGGUGGGCGCUGUGGGAGCGGUGGGCGCUGUGGGAGCGGUUGGCGCCGUGGGAGCUGUGGGAGCGGUGGGCGCUGUAGGCGCUGUGGGAGCUGUGGGAGCGGUGGGAGCUGUGGGCGCCGUGGGAGCUGUGGGCGCUGUGGGAGCUGUGAGAGCGGUGGGCGCUGUGGGCGCUGUGGGAGCGGUGGGCGCUGUGAGAGCGGUGGGCGCUGUGGGAGCGGUUGGCGCUGUGGGAGCGGUGGGCGCUGUGGGAGCGGUAGGAGCGGUGGGCGCGGUGGGAGUGGUACGCGCGGUGGGAGCGGUGGGCGCUGUGGGAGCGGUGGGAGCGGUGGGAGAGGUACGCGCGGUGGGAGCUGUGGGAGCGGUGGGAGCUGUGGGCAAGGUACGCGCUGUCGGCGCGGUGGGCGCUGUAGGCACGGUACCAGCUGUGGGCGCUGCGGGCGCUGUUGGCACUGUAUGCGCUGUCGGCGCGGUGGGCACGGUAAGCGCUGUGGGCGCGGUACCAGCUGUGGGCGCUGUAGGCACGGUAUGCGCUGUCGGCGCGGUGGGCGCUUUGGGCACAGUGGGCGCUGCGGGCGCUGUGGGCACGGUAAGCGCUGUGGCCGCGGUGGGCACUGUGGGCGCAGCGGGCGCGGUACCAGCUGUGGGCGCUGUAGGCACGGUAUGCGCUGUGGCCGCGGUGGGCGCGGUGGGCACGGUAUGCGCAGUGGGCGCGGUGGGCACUGUGGGCGCUGUAGGCACGGUAUGCGCAGUGGGCGCGGUGGGCACUGUGGGAGCUGUGGGCAAGGUACGCGCUGUCGGCGCGGUGGGCGCUGUAGGCACGGUACCAGCUGUGGGCGCUGCGGGCGCUGUUGGCACUGUAUGCGCUGUCGGCGCGGUGGGCACGGUAAGAGCUGUGGGCGCUGUAGGCACGGUAUGCGCUGUGGCCGCGGUGGGCACUGUGGGCGCAGCGGGCGCGGUACCAGCUGUCGGCGCGGUGGGCGCUUUGGGCACAGUGGGCGCUGUGGGCACGGUAAGCGCUGUGGCCGCGGUGGGCACUGUGGGCACAGCGGGCGCGGUACCAGCUGUCGGCACAGUGGGCGCUGCGGGCGCUGUGGGCACGGUAUGCGCUGUGGCCGCGGUGGGCACGGUACCAGCUGCGUGCGCUGUGGGCGCUGCGGGCGCGGUUCCAGCUGUGGGCGCUGUAGGCACGGUAAGCGCAGUGGCCGCGGUGGGCACUGUGGGCGCUGCGUGCGCUGUGGGCGCAGCGGGCGCUGUGGGCGCUGUAGGCACGGUAUGCGCUGUCGGCGCGGUGGGCGCUUUGGGCACAGUGGGCGCUGUGGGCACGGUAAGCGCUGUGGCCGCGGUGGGCACUGUGGGCGCAGCGGGCGCGGUACCAGCUGUGGGCGCUGUAGGCACGGUAUGCGCUGCGGCCGCGGUGGGCACUGUGGGCGCUGCGGGCGCUGUAGGCACGGUAUGCGCUGUGGCCGCGGUGGGCGCUGCGGGCGCGGUACCAGCUGCGUGCGCUGUGGGCGCUGCGGGCGCAGCGGGCGCGGUUCCAGCUGUGGGCGCUGUAGGCACGGUAAGCGCUGUGGCCGCGGUGGGCACUGUGGGCGCUGCGUGCGCUGUGGGCGCAGCGGGCGCUGUGGGCGCUGCGGGCGCAGCGGGCGCUUUACCAGCUGUGGGCGCUGUAGGCACGGUAAGCGCUGUGGCCGCGGUGGGCACUGUGGGCGCAGCGUUCGCGGUACCAGCUGUGGGCGCUGUAGGCACGGUAAGCGCUGUGGCCGCGGUGGGCACUGUGGGCGCUGCGUGCGCUGUGGGCGCAGCGUUCGCUGUACCAGCUGUGGGCGCUGUAGGCACGGUAUGCGCUGUGGCCGCGGUGGGCACUGUGGGCGCAGCGUUCGCGGUACCAGCUGUGGGCGCUGUAGGCACGGUAAGCGCUGUGGCCGCGGUGGGCACUGUGGGCGCUGCGUGCGCUGUGGGCGCAGCGGGCGCUGCGGGCGCAGCGGGCGCGGUACCAGCUGUGGGCGCUGUAGGCACGGUAUGCGCUGUGGCCGCGGUGGGCGCUGCGGGCGCGGUACCAGCUGCGUGCGCUGUGGGCGCUGCGGGCGCAGCGGGCGCGGUUCCAGCUGUGGGCGCUGUAGGCACGGUAAGCGCUGUGGCCGCGGUGGGCACUGUGGGCGCUGCGUGCGCUGUGGGCGCAGCGGGCGCUGUGGGCGCUGCGGGCGCAGCGGGCGCUUUACCAGCUGUGGGCGCUGUAGGCACGGUAAGCGCUGUGGCCGCGGUGGGCACUGUGGGCGCAGCGUUCGCGGUACCAGCUGUGGGCGCUGUAGGCACGGUAAGCGCUGUGGCCGCGGUGGGCACUGUGGGCGCUGCGUGCGCUGUGGGCGCAGCGGGCGCUGCGGGCGCAGCGGGCGCGGUACCAGCUGUGGGCGCUGUAGGCACGGUAAGCGCUGUGGCCGCGGUGGGCACUGUGGGCGCAGCGUUCGCUGUACCAGCUGUGGGCGCUGUAGGCACGGUAUGCGCUGUGGCCGCGGUGGGCACUGUGGGCGCUGCGUGCGCUGUGGGCGCUGCGGGCGCAGCGGGCGCGGUACCAGCUGUGGCCGCGGUGGGCACUGUGGGCGCAGCGGGCGCGGUACCAGCUGUGGGCACUGUAGGCACGGUAUGCGCUGUCGGCGCGGUGGGAUCUUUGGGCACUGUGGGCGCUGCGGGCGCUGUGGGCACG